GUGACUAUGUGGAGUGUGGUCUGUGGAGGAGGGGGGUGCCGAUUGCCGUGUUGAUUGUGGUUGCUUCAUCUUUGUUUGUGUUUAUGUCAAGAUAUUGUGUGGACGAGUAAGUGAAUCCCGUGUUAUGAAGAAGUGAUGGAUUUUGUUUGACAUUAAAGUGAUACAUAUUGCCUUUGAAUAAAGAACGAAGACUGUUGCCAUAAUGUCAUACUGUUGGAGCGGUUUGUGUAGUAGGCUAAUGUAGUGAGUAAAUCCAAUCUAAGAAUUCUGAGUUAGUUGUGUAUAAUUUAAUUAUAUUAUUCAGGUAAAUUUAGGAGAUAUGUCGUUCCUUAGAGGUUCAACUAAUUAUGUAUGGUGUACAACCAGUGUGCUAGGAAAAGGGGCCACUGGGGCUGUGUUUCAAGGUGUAAAUAAGUUCAAUGGAGAACCAGUAGCAGUAAAAACUUUCAACCAGCUUAGUCAUAUGAGACCAAAAGAUGUGCAAGUUAGAGAGUUUGAAGUUCUUAAAAAAGUGAAACAUGAAAAUGUAGUCAAACUUUUGGCUAUUGAGGAAGAACACCAAGAAGGAAAUGAGGGCCGAGGAAAAGUUAUUGUAAUGGAACUUUGUACUGGAGGAAGCUUAUUUAAUAUUCUGGAUGAUCCUGAAAACACCUAUGGAUUGCCUGAGGAAGAGUUUCUAUUAGUAUUGGAUCAUCUCUCAGCUGGGUUAAAGCAUUUGAGGGACAAUAAUUUGGUCCAUAGAGAUUUAAAGCCAGGAAACAUCAUGAAAUUCAUAUCUGAUGAUGGCAGAACUAUUUAUAAACUUACUGAUUUUGGAGCUGCUAGAGAAUUAGAAGAAGAUCAACAGUUUGUGUCUCUAUAUGGAACAGAAGAGUACUUACAUCCUGAUAUGUAUGAAAAAGCUGUUCUUCGCAAACCUGCUGGAAAGACAUUUAAUGCCACUGUAGACUUGUGGUCAUUUGGAGUUACAUUGUAUCACGUUGCUACUGGAAAUCUGCCUUUCAGGCCUUAUGGAGGUCGCAGAAAUAAAGAGACUAUGCACUUUAUUACUACAAAAAAAGCUUCGGGUGUGAUUGCUGGAACCCAAACAUCAGAAAAUGGCCCAAUUGAUUGGUGUAGAGAUCUCCCAAUCAAUUGCCAAUUGACUGCAGGGUUAAAGAAACAUGUCACUCGUCUACUAGCUGGACUUUUAGAAGUAGAUUCCCAAAGAAUCUGGAGCUUUGAUAGGUUUUUUACUGAGGUGACUAAUAUUUUAAAUCGCAAACUCAUGCAUGUUUACAAUGUAAAUAAAAUUCAGAGCAUAAGGAUCUACUUACAUCCUGAAGAUACAUAUGAUGAGUUUCAACUUCAAAUCCUGGAACAAACUGAUGUUCCUGUUGAAAACCAAAUACUCCUUCUGAAAGAUAGCCAUUUUUAUGGUAUCAUUAAAAAGUCUACUCCUGGAAGAAUGUACCCUCAAACUGAAGAAACUAAACCAAUCUUCUUGCUCAGUAAUGAUUUAAACAGUAAUGUUGCAUUUAUUCCUGAAAGAGAAAUUCCCAAGUUCCCUGAGUUUCCCAGUCAUGUGUCUGUAGAAAAUGAUGCAAGUUUAGCGAAAACCGCUUGUAGUGUUGGUCAUGUUUGCAAACGAAGAAUAGAGAAGUAUUCUAAAUGCAGUCAGCUAACUCAUGAUUGUGUACAAAUGUUCAAUGUUGUUGUGAGUAAUGAAUUAACAAGUGUAUUAAACAAAAACAAUUCUCUUAGGACAUCUGUGAAUGAAAGUACUGAAACAAUAGUUGAGUGUGUAGUUAGAGGACAGAGGUCCGUUCAGAAUUUGACUGGGUCAAAGAGUUCCUCACAUGUGGAUUGGAAAAGACACCUAGAGUCACUGAAGAAGAAACUAGUUGACGAUUUGACUCUCUCGAUCCAACAACUACACACAAAACACGUGUCGGAGCAGGCGCUGAGUGAAGAAUGGUCUAAUCUGGUGCGGGAUAAGGAGUGUUUGACCAAGACAAGAGCUGCAGCACGAAGCCGCACAUAUAUUGAACGACUUCGUGAAUCUUGGCAACAUCUUCUGCGUGACCGAGCAACUCGUCCACUUACCUUUAAUGAUGAACAGUUCCAUGUUCUUGAGAAAAUCAAGAUCACAGAAGUGGGCCGAACUCUGAGAACAUUGUUGGAGUCAGAAGUCAUACCCUCUAUCACACAGCUGGCAGAUUGUUUGGCUGACUGGUACAAGAUGGCCCAGACUGUCUAUGUUAAGGCUCGUAUAUUGGACAAGGAUGUGGAUUUGUUCCAAGGACGACUUGACUCGUUUGUGAAGGAAGUGCUGGAGGUUGACAUCAACUUCCACAAGGGUGUGGGACUCCGAGUCAAGGUGCCAGGGGCGGGGCAGGUCCGAGGUCAAGAGCUGAGAGCUUUCCUUGCAUCAAUUCGGAACAUUAAGAAUGACCAGCAAGAGAUAGCGGGAAUCCUGAGUGAGAACCUGGAACUGCUGGCACAGUUCAACCAACUGACAGAGCCCCUACGUGGCUUGGGGCAGGACUACUAGCAUUCGCUUCUGUCGCAUUGGUACUACUUUGUGUUGCGAGGCAAACGUAACUCUCAGUGAUUGUGGUGCAGCGUUAUGACAGUAAGCUCACCACUUCAGUAAUUUGUCUCCUCAAAAGCCGAAAAAUUAAGUAACAUCGUUGAGUAUAUAUAAGGAACUAGUUUCCUUUGAAAGAUUGAAUAGCAAGAAUCAUUUGAAUGACUGAGGACUUUUGAUGAUAGUUCUACCUUAUAUAACUUCAUAUUUUAAACAUAACUUCAUCAUUUUUAGGAUUGCAGUUAAAAUACUCAACAAAAUAAAUUCUUGCUACCUUCAGUUUUGGGGUGUGACAAUAUAAAUUACAUUAAAAUACGUAGUAUAUAACUCAAUCCUUCACUAUUACUUUAGUUUCAAGAAUUAUUCUGUCUUUUUUGGAUCCUUUGAUGUUGAAGCAACAUUAUUGGUGUACAAGUACAUAAGAUGUAGCCUACAAAAAUCUGACUUUAAGUACAAUAAUCUUCAAACUAAUAAUUGACAUUUCAGUUUGUUUCACGAAUGUUGCAGACAACCAUGGUAUUCACAUAAUAUAUGCAUAACAUAUUUUAAAAGUGUUAACUUCGAUCUAGGUUAACCAGUUUUUUUUAAAUGAGUGACUGCAUUGAUAGUAUAAUGUAUGAUAAUUAAUUGUUUGUAAGAUACAAUUUGGUGGAUACUAAUGAUUAGGCUCAUGUACAUCUUGCUAUGUUAUUAUUACUGUUGAAAGUAUUUUUGAAACGUGAUGUUUCUAAACAAUAAUAAUGCAUAUAACAUAAAACACAUACAUACACUUUCCUCCUUCCCUACAUACAGAAUGUGUUGUUUUAGUUCUUUUGGUGGCUUUUAUUAUACUAUGUUUAUCAUUAACUAUAUGCAAGUAGUUCCAAAUACUACAUUUUGUACUCAAAGUUACAUACUAAGGAAAUCAACAUUAUUCUACGUUAAUGCAUUGUAAUGAUAUUGUAUUAAAGAUAUAAGUGCUUUCAGUGACUCAUUAGUGGCGUAUUAGUUUAGCAGACUAGUUAUAAUUAUGUCUUUCAGUAUAUCUGUAAAUUAUGUAAUUAUUUUAAGGAAGCCCGUCAUUAAUAAAGUAGAUAAAUAUCGCUACUCAUAAUGUGUUUUAUAAUUUAAACAGAUCUCACGUCUUAAACAAAAAUAUGUUCCAUAUAUCUGGAUUAGUACAGACGUCCAGUAGAAUCAUACUCAGUGGAUAAUUCCCUCAAUUGACAAUAAAAUGAAUGUUAAAGGGUUUGGUUUUAACAGUAAAGGAAGAUUCAACAUAGAAAUAACAAAGUUAUGUAAUAACUAUUGAAAGUCAUUGUUCGUAUAUAAAUAAUUGUAUUAUAAAUAAUAAACAACUUUUUUUCAUUCCUGGGUAUAUCCCUUGCCUGUGGAUGUCAGGUCUUAGGACUUAUUGUUUCUCAAUGGGUUUUGAUUGUUUGGAUGGGUUUAUUUAUGUGGCUCAUGUUCAUAAUACACAAUCCAGAUUUUCAGGAUGAUAGUCAUACUCCUGGUGAGGCAGGGUACAGGGACACACUGACCGGGGGGGGGGGGGGGACAAAAGGACCUGUCCCCCACCCCCAAGAGCAUUUUAAAUCAAAAUAAUCAAUCGCGUAAUAGUCUAUUUUUACUAAAAAUAACAUAUUUAUGCUGGAACUAAUAAAACAUAUUUUACAAUAUAUAAAUUCAAAUUUUAUAAUUAAUUUAAUUUGAUUUAAUUUAAUUAAUAUAAUUACAAAAUACAAGACUAACUAAUAAUAUAUAACAGCGUAUAAAUUUCAAUUUUGUUCAAAAAUAUUUUGAUCUCACCGCCACGCAGCAACUACAAUUAUGAGGUUAGUUCUUACUAUUUCUUGUGGCUCCUAUCUGUAUCCGGUACUUCCAUUAACCGAGUACAGAAUGUAUUCGUACCAAUUUAGAAUUGGCUACACAGUACUCAUAAAAUGGUACAGGUACAUGUUUCAAUUACUGUUACUGCUAAUGCUAGAUAAAUAGUUUUUAAUACAAAAUUGUAUAACAUUUUAUCAGACUUGUAACAAAAUAACGUAUGUGUGUAUGCAUAAAAUCUAUAUGUACAAUUAUGAGUGUGUGGGCAUUCUACACAGUGCCACACUUUCCAACUGUUAUUAUCAAAUUUGUCAUGCAACAUUCUUUCUAAAUUACCUUGUAUAGUUCUUAUUCUUGCGCUUACGCAGCUGGUGUCAUGAUUGUCAUAUACGUUUUCCAGUUUACAACGCAACAAAAAAUUGGUCAAAUUAAAAUCUUAAAAUAUAUUGACAACAUAUUACAAAUAUAUUGUUCAUUCUCUGUGGCUUGAAUAGAAGGAUGAUCACAUUAACUAAUGUCCCACAUGGAAGUUUGCUGAGAAAGCAAAAACAAAUUUGUGACAAACUUCUAGUAUUCUAUAGAUCAAAAUAAAAUUAUUACUGCUCUUUCAGUGCAGUAGUUUCUUAGUGAUUAAAAAAUAAAUAAUCUUUCAAAGUAACACUGACACUAUUUAAACAAGUAUUACCAGCAUGGGGUUUAUAAUAAUGUAUAAUUAAUUAUUCACUGUUAAACCUAUCCAAGAGUUUAAACUCUUUCUUCAGUACCAUGUUUGGUAGAGAUAAAUUGCUAUUUCCUACAUUUACUCACCACACUAGGUAUAACUUGCAUACAAUGCAUCCUAGAAAGUUUUGAACUUGGCUUCUAUUGUGCAAUAUAUAUGUAAUCCAUAACAUAUAAUAGGUAUUAUAUUUUAUAUAACUUUUUUGUUUUAAAACUCAUCAAAUAUAUUUUAUAUGUUAUGAAGACUAGUGGUCUAGAAAGUAUUCCUACAAAUAUGCAUUUACUAUGAUGUUUUCUAUUAAUUUGUUAUGUACAACUAAUUAACCAUUGUGUUCCUUGCAUAUACCAUGGUUUAGAAGCUUGUUAUGUAGAUCUAAUAACAUUUUGUUAUGAAAAAUUUAAAUGUUAUUACUGAUACAACAGUUUUUUUUUUAGAAUAGGUAUGAAAAAAAUAUGAGUAAGUGAUUAGUAAUUGCAAAUUAAACAGUAUCAUAGCAAACAACUUUUUUGAACCAGUAAAGCUUUGAAAAAUUUCAUCAUUUAACAUUGAUAACAUAGACUUUAAAAAUUCCUAAAUUUAAAAACGAACACGUUAAAGUAUGUUUAAAAUCAGGUGCAACUCCACUUUCUGUGGUACCCAUUGCUAACAUAAUGUAAUAAACUGUAAAUAUGUUCUAUAAAAACUAAUUAGUGUUAGUCAAUAAAAAGUUUUGUACAUUUUUGUGAAUUCAUGCUUAAUGAGAAUGUCCAACAGGAAUCCUCAUAGUUGCAUACUAUUUGUAUAUCUACCUUGAAUUUGCAAUUAGUUCAAUGUAUAAAUUGUAAAAAUGGAUAUUUUUGUACUUUAAAUCAUGUGUAUCUAACUUAGUGAAUUGUUUAUAUUGUUUGUUAAGAAUAUAUUUUAUUACACUGUUAAACAUCAGAUUGAUUGAUAAUAAAAAUGUUUCUAUGUAAAA